AUGCAUUGCGAUGAAGUUGUGCUUCCGCGCCACAUCACUAAACCGGGCCCUAGUAAGGCCCCUCAGCGCCCAUCGCCGGAACUACGAGCGAAAGAGAUGGAGAAUGAGGCGUCUACUGCUCAGACCAAUCACUGGUUCGGUAGGCGGAAGACUCAGUCGUUGCUCGAGGUUCCAUCGAUUUCCUACUGUUGA